AUGUCUACGAUGCAAACAUGGUUCCCUUUUAAACUUUCUGUUGUCCUUAUUCCCCUUUCUUUCUUUCUUUCUUUCUUUUCGCUUCGUUUCGUUUCGUUUCGUUUCUUUCUUUCUUUCUUUUCAUUUAACCCUUUCUUUCUUUUCGUUUUAUUCUUUCUUUCUUUUUUCUUUCUUUCUUUUCGUUUAACCCUUUCUUUCUUUCUUUCUUUCUUUCUUUCUUUCUUUCUUUCUUUCUUUCUUUCUUUCUUUCUUUCUUUCUUUCCCAAAGACUUUCCCAUGAUUAGCCAGUUCAUAUCUAUCUAUCUAUCUAUCUAUCUAUCUAUCUAUCUAUCUAUCUAUCUCAGCCUGUUAAUAUCAAACUAUCUAUCUAUCUAUGUCUUUUCAAUUUUUUCUCUCUCUCUCUCUUUAUUAUCUAUCUAUCUAUGCCUUUUCAGUCUCUCUUUCUCACUCUCUCUAUGUCUUUUCAAUCUCUCUUUCUCUCUCUCUAUCUAUGUCUUUUCAAUCUCUCUUUCUCUCUCUCUCUCUAUAUGUCUUUUCAAUCUCUCUUUCUCUCUCGUUCUCUAUUUUCAGUAUCUAUCUAUCUAUCUAUCUAUCUAUGCCUUUUCAGUCUCUCUUUCUCACUCUCUCUAUGUCUUUUCAAUCUCUCUUUCUCUCUCUCUAUGUCUUUUCAAUCUCCCUUCCUCUCUCUAUCUAUCUGUCUUUUCAAUCUCUCUUUCUCUCUCGUUCUCUAUUUUCAGUAUCUAUCUAUCUAUCUAUCUAUCUUUCUUUCUAUCUAUCUAUCUAUCUAUCUAUCUAUCUAUCUAUCUAUGCCUUUUCAAUCGAUCUUUCACUCUAUCUCUAUCUAUCUAUAUCUUUCCAAUCUCUCUUUCCAUAUCUCUCUCUCUCUCUCUCUCUCUCUCUCUAUCUAUCUAUCUAUCUAUCUAUGCCUUUUCAAGCUCUCUCUCUCUCUCUCUCUCUCUCUCUCUCUCUCUCUCUACCGCUCAACAAGAUCAUCCAGUUUGA